AUGCAUCGAAAUGUCCCUGGGCUGCACUUGGCUCUACCAAACACCUCGACAGGACCCCGACGGCCUAGACCUCCAGGCGUAGAGGUUGGCGCCAAUUUGGCGGAACCCUCGACGGCAAAGGCAGCCGUAGGCACACAAGAUGUAUACUUUGUAGACUCUGAGCUGGAAGAUGUUUUGCUGGGGCCCACGCUUGGCGACGUGGCGAUUGUCGUGUCGGCCGAACUUGAUACCAAUGUCGAGGAGCCAAGUUUGCUCGACAUCCUGCCACUUGACGAGGGUGAGACGGUGGAGGACUGUUGUUUACUGGAAUGGAGUGACGGCUGGCCGGACGAAGAGAUCACUGCUGUUGACGUGCUACCCCUGCUGUUGACCGGUGUCGUUGCCCUAACCGUGACCACGCUCGAGCUUGAUGACUUGGAUGAGCUAGACGCACUUGAAAUCUCAGCUUUUGAAGAGCUUAGGAGAGAGCUAGCUGGUUUGGUCGAGCUGUGGCUUGAUACCGGAACUACGGGCUGCGAAGAACGACCAGGCCUUGAUGAAUUCGGAGCCGCCGAAGUCAGGGCACUAGAAUUCCCUAGUGUAGAAGAAAUUAAAGUGUUUGAGCUAACUGGUUUCGAGAAUGUAGGACUCGAAACUGUCGGGCUAGAGAUGGCAGGCUUUAAAGUUGACCUUCCCGAUGUGAAAGAAGAAGAGAACGAGGUCACUCGCGUGGAGAAGCUGGGAGGACUCGAGCUUUCGAUGUACGAUGAGCUUUCUGGUAUUGACGAGCUGGAUGGCAUUGGUUGGCGUGAGAUUUCAGACCGAGGCUUCGUGCUAAAGCUGGCAGUCUGCGAAGAACCGUCACCAGAAACCGGGAGGCUGGAAGUACCGGGUUGUGACGUAUGA